GUUGUCUGGAACGCGCACAUUAUCCCGCUCUCGUUGCCGUCAUGUCUCUAGUCUCAAAGAAGGAUGAAGAAAGUGGUCUGAGCACCUACUACAAUAACAAGACCACCGUCAUCCAGGAGGCACGCGUGUUCAACGACUCUCCCAUUAGUCCGCGAAGAUGCAGGGCACUGCUCACUCGCAUCGUGUUCUUACUCUAUGUCGGGGAGACCUUUGGUACGCAGGAGGCGACGACGCUGUUCUUUGGGACGACGAAGUUGUUCCAACAUAAGGACAGUGCCCUCCGGCAGAUGGUGUACCUGGCGAUUAAGGAGCUGGCCAGCACGGCGGAGGACGUGAUCAUGGUAACGAGUAGUAUCAUGAAGGACAUGCAGCCCAACUCGGAGGUCAUCUACAGACCAAACGCGAUCCGGGCAUUAUGCCGUAUCAUCGACCCGUCUAUGGCGCAAGGUGUAGAGCGGUUCUUCAAAGCAGCGAUAGUCGACAAGAACCCGUCCAUCUCCUCUGCCGCGCUUGUCUCGGCCUACCACCUGUUUCCUAACGCAAAGGACGUCGUGAAGAGGUGGGUGAACGAGGCGCAGGAAGCGGUUAGCGGCAAGUCCUCCGGUUCCUUCUUUGGCGGGAACACUGGCGGCGGUUACCUUGGAUGGGGAGGCUCGUCCUCGCAACCCACGAACGGAUAUUCGCCUGUGCCAUCUACCAGCAAUAUCACCCAGUACCAUGCGUUGGGUCUGCUCUACUUGAUUCGCCAGCAGGAUCGUAUGGCAAUCACGAAGAUGAUCCAGCAGCUGGGUGGAGGGAAAUCGGGUGCCGGAACUACGCUCAAGAACCCUAUGGCGUUAUGCAUGCUCAUCCGCUAUGCAGCGAAGAUCAUGGAAGAGGACCCGAAUAUGCAGAGACAGAUGUUCGACCUCUUGGAAGGCUGGUUGCGGCACAAGAGCGGCUGCGCCAUCUGUGAGAUGAAGGGAGUUACUGCCCAGCAGCUCACAAGGUCUAUCGCAGUGCUUCAACUCUUCCUUUCGUCUCCAAAGUCUACGCUGAAGUUCGCUGCAACCCGGACAUUGGCAGCGUUAGCUGUGAACCACCCUCAGAGUGUGGCUGCUUGCAACAUGGACUUGGAGAACCUCAUCUCGGACCAGAACCGCAGUGUUGCAACCUACGCCAUCACAACCCUCUUGAAGACUGGCAACGAAGCCUCCGUAGAUCGCCUCAUGAAGCAGAUCACAGGCUUUAUGAGCGAGAUCAGCGACGAGUUCAAGGUCAUCAUCGUCGACGCCAUCCGCUCGCUCUGCCUCAAGUUCCCGUCCAAGCACGCGUCCAUGCUCGCCUUCCUGUCGGGUGUGCUCCGCGAUGAGGGCGGUUACGACUUCAAGCGCGCCGUCGUCGAGGCCAUCUUCGACAUGAUCAAAUUCAUCGGAGACUGCAAGGAGCAGGCGCUCUCACACCUAUGUGAGUUCAUCGAGGAUUGCGAGUUCACAAAGCUCUCCGUGCGGAUCUUGCAUCUACUUGGUGCGGAGGGCCCAAAGGCGCCGCAGCCGACGAAGUAUAUCCGGUAUAUCUAUAACCGUGUGGUGCUGGAGAACGCUACCGUCCGCGCUGCGGCGGUAGCGAGCUUGGCGAAAUUCGGCCUCAACGGAUUGGAUGAGAAGCUGGCUAGCAGCGUCAGGGUCCUUCUCAACCGGUGUCUGGAUGAUGUGGACGAUGAGGUCCGGGAUCGUGCUGCGCUCUAUUUGAAGGUGUAUGAAGAUCCGCCACUAGUAACUACGUACGUAAAAGAAGAGUCGAUCUUCUCCCUCGGUGCCCUCGAGUCAAAGCUGGUGUCAUACAUGAGUGAUCCCGAGUCCUUUGACAAGCCCUUCGAUACUUCCUCAAUACCUAAAAUCAGCAAGGAUCAGGCUGCGAAGGAGGUCGCUCGUCCCAGCAGUUUGGACACUAUCGGUGUGCCUUCGACAUCAAAGGCCGCAACUCCUCCGCCUCAAACGGCUGCGGAAACGCAGUCCGCAUACGCACAGCAGCUUAUAGAUGUACCAGAGUUCGCAGACUAUGGCCCUGUGCUCAACAGCAGCUCCAAGCCUUCCCAGCUCACGGAGGCAGAAACAGAGUACCAAGUGUCAUGUGUCAAGCACAUAUUCAAGGAGCACGUUGUAUUCCAGUUCAAUGUUGCAAAUACGAUUCCGGACACAGUUCUGGAACAGGUGUCAGUCGUGAUGCAGUCACAGACAGAGUCGGGACUCACAGAAGACUUCAUCAUUCCUUCGCCCACACUAUCACAAGCGAAUCACCCGGAAUCCCCAGAAGAUUACAUCUUGGCAUCGUUCCAAUGUGUCCUCAAGUUCGUCAGCAAAGAGGUGGACCCAUCGACAGGCGAACCCGAGGAGGAGGGCUACGAAGACGACUACCAGCUGGAGGAGACCGAGCUUGCUGCGGGCGACUACAUCAUUCCCAGCUACGCGACUUUCUCGUCAGAGUGGGACCGUAUGCGCGAUGGGGCAACCGCAACGGAAACCUUCGCCCUAUCUGCAAUGGAGUCCAUGAAAGCCGCAUGCGACUCUAUCGUCGAGAUUCUCAAUAUGCAGCCGCUGGGCGGCACGGAGGAGCCUCAAAACCCGACCGUGCAUACAUUGCAACUGUCUGGCUUGAUCCCAGGCGGAGGCGGGAAGGUGCUCGUACGGUGCCGGAUGGCCUACUCAAAGGCGCAGGGUGUCACGCUGGAGCUGGCCGUCCGCGCAGAACAGCAGCAAGCUUGCGGACUGGUGAUCACAGCUAUCGGUGGUUGAGUUACCGUGUAGACGAGGCCUUUUCGCGUUGUUGGAUGUGUAUCGGACGUUUGUCGUAAAUUCCCAGUAUCUAUUUGUGCAUGAGAGGUGGUGGAGGCAAACGAGAGCCGUUGUCCCACAGCUGGGUGGUCUUUGAGUCUCGACGCGGGGCGAGUGAGAAAGCUG